AUGAGAAACUAACUUCGUGCUUUAAAUUUGAUUUUGACAAUCAGGUAUACCAAUAUACGAUUUCGAAUAUGUUGCCAAUCUGACAAAAAAUAAUUGAAACAACUUGAUUUUUAACAGCACGGAAUUAGUUGAAUUUUGUAGAAUCCUUUUACCAAAUUCUUCAGGACUUCAAGAUAAGAACGCCCCCAACUCUUACAGAAAAACAGGGGUUGGAAAUGACGUUUCUUACCACAAAUUAUAAAAACACUUGUUGCCAUAGCGCUUUCCAUGUUUGAUCAAUUUCAUCAAUUUGACGUAUUUAUUUCUCCCAAGCGUGUAAAAAAAUUCAUCAUGCCCCCAUACCGCAACAAAAUGCCUUCAAAACAGCAAAACAAACCAGCCACCCGCGGAAUGGUCAUCGACGAAAAAAUGUGCAUCAAAACCGUGAAUAAACCCAAAGAGUACGUAAUAGCUUACGACGUCCAAGGGAUGCGGAAAUUAAUGGUACCGGACCGAAACCCCAUCGACAUUCCAGGUAUCUUGGCAAAAAGCGAAUUCCAACGUCUGAAAAACCAAGCACACAUCGUCACGUUGAAAGACCGAAUGAUGAUGCUGGACGAAGCCGAGCAAAAGAAAAACGCUUUACUUAGAGAAAGCGAAAAACGGAAACAACAAUUACAGAAGGUUCAAGCACAGCAGCAAUCCAAAGUCGGGUCUACUUUAAGCGAAGCUGAACGGACAGCCAAAUCAAAGAGCAAGUAUUUGUUGAAGCGGUCGUUCGACUUGAUCCAAGAACAAGACAAUAGAGUCAAACGCGUAAAUGGGGUGAUUCUUGCGACGAAAUGUCGCGCUAUCCGGAACGCACAAAUCGCUGAAAAAGAAUUGAUACAAAAACAACUGGAAGAAGAAGACAGACGUUUGGAUAUGAUGAUGGAGCAAAAGCGGCAGAUGGAACUAGAAGAAGAAGAGAAGCGCCAGAAGCACGAAGAAAAGAAGAAGCAAGCGUACGUGCAGUCGCUGUCUGACCAAAUGCGCAUGAACGAAAUCGAACGAAUGAUCGAAGCGGAGCGCAUAGAAGAAGAAAGCAGAAUGAUAAACAAAGCGUUUCUGGCGAUCCAACAAGAAGAAGAGCGGAAACUCAAAGAGAAGAAAGAGCAGCAGAAGCAAAUUCGAAACGAGAUGAAGAAGGCGAACGACGACUUGGAACGCUACAAGUUGGUGAAGCAAGAAGAGCAACGGAUCGCUGAUUUGAGGAUCCAGAAGUUCAUGCAGGAGAAAAUGGAGAGAGAACUGCGAAGAGAGCAAGAGCUGGCGCUGGCUAAAGCUGCCAAAGAACAGGAAAUCGUGAGGAUGAGAAAUCAGCAGCAGCGGUCGCAGGAUAUGAAGGCGGCUAUGGACGAGAUGAACGCCUUGAGGAUACAGGAAGAGGUGGAAAGGAAGUGGAGGGAGAAGGAAAUGGCGGAAGCGAAGGCUAAGAAGGAGCAACAAGACCAAUUGAAGCUCGAAAGAGAGAAGCAAAUCACCGAUUUGAGAAGAGCGGCGGCACUGGAGUUGGCUAGAGACGAAGAAGAUUUUCACAGGGUGGCCAAAGUGCAACGAGAGGAGUGGGAGAAGGAAAUGGAGAAGAGGAAGAAGAAGAGGGAAAUGGCGGAGCAACAUCGCAAAGAUUUGUUGAAGCAGAUUGACGAGAAAGAGAGGGAAAGGAUUAUUAUGCAGAAGGAGAAGUACGAGGAGGCGAAUUUACAGCAAUAUGAUCAACUAAAGAAGGAUCAAUAUGUUAAGGAGCACUUGAAAAGUAAAAUCGAAGAAUUGAGGAAUAAGCAAAUCCCAGAACAGUUCAUCAAGGACAUUGAGCAUCACAUUGAGGCAAUAAUCAAUAAUACAUGAAGUUUUCAAUUAAUGUAUAAUCAAAAUAAAUGGUACAAAUCUU